UUUUAAAUUCUAAAAAAUUCAAGAUUGUAGCCAAAUUAGCAUCGAUAGACUUGGAUCGUUGGUUUGCCUAUCAAUGUUUUGUAAAAGCUGUGGAUGAAUGUCAAAUGAAUGCAGCAUUAAAUAAAUUAGCUGCCCAACUUCAACAACAACAGGCUAGUUGUUAUAAAUUAUUCAAAAAUUUCUAAAAUUUUUAUAGGACGAUCCCUACGACAAAAUAGACAAUUUAUACUGGCCAAAUGCCAAAACAAUAAUUAUUAGAACUACAGAAAAUGAAUCUAUCCAUCUUGCUAGGCAAAGUUCUCAAUUACGGAGUUCGUUCAAAUUUAGUAAUGGAUAAACGACAAUUAAAUUGUUUUAGUCUUCAAGUUUGUGUAAAAGAUGCGAAUAGAGCAGCUUUAGGUGUGGCUCAAAGGCCAAAACAGCUAGUUAGGAAUUUAUAUCAUUUUCGUUGUUGGGCAGGGUCGCCUGGGUUUGAUGAAAGAUUUUCACAACAAUGGAAGGCUGUUAAUAGUAGAGCUGCUUGA